AUGGAUAAAAUCAAAAGUAUAUUACAUCGUAAUGGUGAGGGUUCAACGUCAUCAUAUGAAGGACAUCCACAUGAUUUAAAUGAGAAAGCAGAAUUAAAUGUUCAUCAAAGAGUUGUUAAUGAUGAUUUUGAAGCAGAUAGAAAACAACCAGAUCUUGAAUUAGUUGUAUCAAAAUCUCAAGAAUUUGAUCCUGUCACAUCUAAUUUAAUAAAUGAUAUUAUUGAUGAUGGUUAUGCAGGUGUUCAUGUUGAAGAUGAUUCUCCAUAUCCAGAAGUUAGAUCAGCUGUUCCAAGUUCAGAUGAUUUCGAAAUGCCACAAGCAACUAUCAGAGCAUGGACUUUGGGUUUAAUAUUAACUACUAUUGGGUCUGCUAUGAAUAUGUAUUUUUCACUUCAUUCUCCAACUAUUGUUAUUUCAACCAUGGUUACAUCAAUUUUAGCUUAUCCAAUGGGAAGAUUUUGGGCUUUUGCUUUCCCAAAUGUUAAAAUAUUUGGUCUUCCAUUAAAUCCAGGACCAUUCAAUUUAAAAGAACAUGCAGUUAUCACAAUUAUGGCUAAUGCUUCAUUUAAUGGUGGUGCUGCUUAUGCUACUGAUAUUUUAGUUUCAAUGAAUAAAUUUUAUAACGUUGAUUUUGGUGUUGGAUUUGCUUUAGUUGCAAUUCUUUCAACAAAUUUAAUAGGAUUUUCAAUGGGUGGUUUAAUCAGAAAG